CCGCUCAGGGCGGUGUCAGGUCGCGCCGCCGGGCGCCAUCUUGGCUGUGGGCAGCUCGGCUUCAAGUCGGCAGAAAGCGGCGACCGCCAUCGUAACUGAGGGCAAAAGCGCACGGCCGGGAGGGUGCCAUGGGGAGGAUCGGGCUGCAGCUGCGAGCUACCCUGGAGAACAUCACCCGGCUGCGGGCCGAGGGGGAGGACUUCCGCUGGUACCUCAAGCUGAAAUGCGGGAACUGUGGUGAGGUCUCUGAAAAAUGGCAGUACCUCCGGUUGAUGGACAGUGCUCCCCUGAAAGGAGGCAGAGGAAGUGCCACUAUGGUGCAGAAAUGCAAGCUGUGCUCCAGAGAGAACUCCAUUGAUAUUUUAAGUCAGACAAUCAAACCAUAUAAUGCUGAAGACAGUGAGAAAUUCAAGACAAUAGUGGAGUUUGAAUGCCGAGGUUUGGAACCAGUUGACUUUCAGCCACAGGCAGGAUUUGCUGCUGAAGGUGCAGAGUCUGGCACACCUUUCAAUGACAUAAACUUGUUAGAAAAGGAUUGGAAUGACUAUGAUGAAAAAACAAAGGAAUCUGUUGGAAUCUAUGAAGUUACCCAUAAAUUUGUUAAAUGCUGAUGUUCACACUGCUGACAAACCUUGGCAAGCUUAUUGAUGAGGGAGCUGAAAACAUCAGAGAGCUUCGUGGCGUUAUUGUUCACGUGUCUGAACUUCACAAAUAGAAACCUAAGUAAAUUGUAUUUACUGUCUGUGGAACAGCUAAUAAAUGAUUCUUCACAGAGA